CAGGCUUGGCUCUCUACAAGAAAAUUACAGUCAGCUCAAAACACAUCUUAAUUCUUAUAGGAGUAACUAAGUCAACAGAAGCAGCUUCAGGUAACAAUCAAGAACGAGGUCAUGGGAAAGUCAGCUUCCAAACAAUUUGCUGAAGAGGUCUUAAAAGCCCACAAUGACUACAGGAAGAAGCAUGGCGUCCCACCACUGAAGCUUUGCAAGAAGUUAACCAGUGGAGCACAACAGUAUGCAGCAACACUGGCUAGCACCAAGGUCCUCCAACACAGCCCUGAGUCUUCAAAUGGAAAAUGUGGAGAAAAUCUAGCGUGGGCUUCCUAUGAUCAGCCAGGAAAGGAAGUAGCUGAAAGAUGGUACGCUGAAAUAAAAAAUUACAGCUUUCAAAAUCCGGGGUUUUCUUCUGGGACAGGUCACUUUACAGCAAUGGUUUGGAAGAACACAAAGAAGAUGGGAGUUGGAAAAGCCACAGCAAGUGAUGGCUCCACAUUUGUGGUGGCCAGAUACGAUCCACCUGGAAAUGUAGUAAAUCCAGGUUUCUAUGAAGAAAAUGUUCUUCCUCCAAAGAAAUAAUAAAAAGACAGGUUUUUUUUUGGUUAAUGAAAAGUGUACUUGUGGACUGAAGACAUCUUUAAAAUUAAAUAAAAUCAAAUGAUAGUCCAUGCUUGAUACUACCAUUCACCUGUCACUACGAAGCAACAACUAUGCUACUUGAAUGAGUCUGUACAGUAGAUCUAUACAGCUUCUGAGAUAUGUUCUUGUUCUGAACUAAUUCCUUUGAAAAGUACUCAAGCAUGGGUAUAUGCAAACUCCAAGAUUUUGAUUUUGCCAAACAUGUAAAGGGCAAGAAUUUAUGUGGCUUUUUAAUAGUUUGUGUGAACUGUGUGUGGCUUUUUUUUAAAGCAAACAAGUUUGUAACUUUGUAACUUUUUAACUAAAAAUAUCACCUUGUAAUUAUCUAUCACUGUAUUCCAGUUUUCCAGUAUUUUUUAAUGAGACGCCAUCUGUACGUUACUGUUUUAAGAUCCAAUCCUGCAGUCUGAGACACGCAACACUCCCUUAGACUUCAAUAGGAAGUUACAUACGAGUAAGGGCGGUGGGACCAGAUCCACCCUCUUCUAUGAAGAGAAAAAUCUUGUUGAAUGCUAUCCAAAACACAGCAGGUGAAACCAUACAAACCAAUCCGCUCUGUAGUUAAUGUCUGGUACGUUGUCAAAGAUUUCAGAGUAGCAGCCGUGUUAGUCUGUAUCCGCCAAAAGAACAGGAGUACUUGUGGCACCUUAGAGACUAACAAAUUUAUUAGAGCAUAAGCUUUCGUGGGCUACAGCCCACUUCUUCGGAUGCAUAGAAUGGAACAUAUAUUGAGGAGAGAUAUAUACACACAUACAGAGAGUUUGAACAGGUGGGAGUUGUCUUACCAACUCUGAGAGGCCAACUGGUAGAUUUUAAGUAUUAGUAGCUAAAAUAGUUUUUGAAUGGACUAUAUUUCCAAUUCAAAUAAUCUCUUAGAUUUUACAGUACUUAUGUUGCCUUAUUAUAAUGUACAUCAAAUUGGAGAUAGAUAUUAAGUGCACAUGUCCUGUUUAUUUCAUUACAGAAAAACAAAAUAUCCCCCUUUCUUUAGCUUCUUGCACUCUCUCUCUGACUCACUAAAUGUUGCCACAAGUUGCGGUUUUAGACCUAAUCUAAGGAACUGCUAGUUUACUUACCAUCAAAAUGUGCUAAACUCUCUUUUAGACAUCUAUUGCCUGACAUAGGUCCAGAGAUGGUACAGGUGCGCGUGCUUCCAUAAAGAGGGAAUAAUACUUAGUACCUGGGCCCCAGAAGAAGAACUUCAGUGGAGCAUCUUGGAUUUUGCAUUUUUGUUCAAUGAACUAAUAUUUGCUUCCAAAUGAAUAUCAGGUACAUGCCUCAUACUAAAAGAUCAAUAAUGUUCCAGAGUCCUAUUCUGUUAUUCUCUAGCAAAAUCGUAUGGGGUUGCAUUGGGUAUAAAUGAGGCGAGACUUUGGUCCACCUAGUUUACUUUGAGUUUGGACUAAGCAAUAAGAAUAAUAUUUUCCUGUGCAGGAUGGAUGUGUGAACCAAUCCAAGGUUAAAUUAUCUCUUUAAAAACUGGCUGCAGGUAUUUUCCCCCCUGAUCAAAUAUAAAAAGGGGAUCAGUCUUAUCCCAGCACUGGCCAGAUGCUGAAACCCUGACUCCUGUUGGGUAUGCCUGUGCUUCAUAAGUAUUCCUUUUGACUUCAGUGAGAUUCUGUAGGUCAGAAUCUGGCCCACAGAGAGUACCAGUAUGGAAAGGCUUUUUGUUUACACAAUUUUUGUAUAUUGCAAUGUUAUGGCUUAGUUAUAUGUCACUGUGGUAGUGUGUUAGAUUCCUUUUGCUGUAACCAAAGAAUUUAACACAAAAAAAUGAAAAUCUGAAAAUGAAAAUAAAUAUUUUUCUUAUGAAUUA